GACGAGAAUUCCAAGAUGGCGCAUAUGAGUCUUGGAAAGUAUUUAGAUCAGGUCAGGAAGCGAUUUCGUUGAUAGUUUUGUAUUUUUAAACAUUAAGACUCUUGGAAAAACAAGACCAACUGUUUCCCUCUGGACCAUACACCAAGUGUAUAUUGUUGCCCUUGCUGUAAAGUUAUGUAUCAAUUCACAGAUGCCAGUUUAUAAAUGAAAACUUGAUUUAUUUAAAGAAAAUAAAAAUUGAGCAUAAGAUAUCAAAGAAAUAGGAAGCAACUUUUCCUUUUUACUGACUCUUGCAAUCAAUUGUACCAGUGAAUAUUUUGCCUAUGCUCAUUAUGAUGUUUAAUGAUAUUUAAACAUUUUCAAAUAUUUAUGUACUUGUAGGAACUACUUUCCUUUCGUCAUCCACACAUAGCAAGUCGUCAUCCACACAUAGCAAGUCCAAGACUGCAGGUAAAACUAUUACAGAUUACUUACUUUGGGGAUAAUUUGUAUAAGUAUAUAAUAGAAUAGUGGAUAGCCUUGAAGGUAUGCUAUAAUUGGCACUCAAAUUCCAAAUAUCCUUUACCUUUCACCUUCAAUCAAUGCAUGUGGGAUUUGAGUUGAAAUUUUUGUAACUGUUGCAGGAAUGAAUGAGUGAAAGUGAUCUUUUUGUGCUAUAUUAUCUCACUGUUUUAGUGUAUACUUAAACAAUUCUUCAUUUCAGUAUUGGUGGCUUAGGUAAAAUAUUUUCCUUCCUCCUUCUUGGCUGGGUAAAUAUCCACCUUUAGCCACCUCCACUAUGGUCAAUACUUGUUAAUUGUCAUAUUAUGCAGACAGUCCUGCGUGCGCUUUUAUUGAAAAAGGUUAUGAAAAGAUCCUUGUGUGACGGCUUUGUGCAAUGGGGUUAAUAGGGCUGGGACAAGCUCUGUGCAAGAUAAGCCGAAGGGAAAAAAGCAAGAGGAUAGGAAGAAAGAGAGAGAGAAGGACAGACACAUGAUAAAAUGCCUACUGACUGAGAUAUGGGUUGUGUGAUAGGAAAAUAUUUUGCUCUCUGUCAUGAUGUAUAAACUGAGCAUAAUAAGGUUUGUAUGUCAUGACUUUGAGUGAAAUAUUUCCAAUCAGGCCUUCGCAGGGAGUGUAUGCCUGAUACAAGAAGAGAGAUGAAAUUCCCUGUUCCUGCUAGUGUUUUUGAGACUACAUCGCUGUUUAGUUGUUUUAUCUUCAACUAUGAAAGGAACUAGUUUUUAAGGGUAUGUUUUCCCAUUGUUUCAGAAUUUCUUGGCAUUUUGAAGCAGCUGAAACCUAACUUUUUUUUAACCAACUUACCAUUUCAUUGUAUCAGGUUUAGUUGGUUUGUAUUUUUGGCAGUUACCGGAUGCACAGCUGCAAUGUGAAAGAUGGUUUGAACCACCAUAUGAUGAAAUGGUAGCAUAUCAUCUCAGGUAAACUAUGCCAUCCAAAUAGAUAUAUAGGUGUCAUGGGCUUGUUGUUUUUAUGUGGGAGGAAACUAAUCUAGAUAUUCUUCUAUUUACAUUGUUUUUUUUGCAGAGCUCUUUGGGCUGUGGCCAAUGGUGAUUAUGUUGAAGCAUGAUCUGCCCAAGCAGUUGUUGUCCAAUAUCUUUUUUGAAAACCUAAAAUACAAAAAAUUCUUGUUAGAUGGUUUUGGAAGUUUUGGAGGGGACAGUUCUUGAUUAGCUGUGACACAAAUCUUUGUUCCCUCACAAUUUUUCCAACUGCAGUAGUCCAGAAAUAAUUUGUUUUAAUAAUUGGCAGCAAUGUCAAUUUUCUAAUAUUCUAAGAAUUCAUUUGUUUAUGUGCAAGUUUGUAUUAUUUUGUAAUGACUUAAUGAUUUAUGCAAAACUGGCC